AUGUCAGAAUUCUUAGGAUAUGUCGGCGUUCUCCACGAGAUCAACUCGGACGAGUCGACCGUCUCGCUUGAGAAUGUUCGCUCCUUCGGAACAGAGGGUCGAAGGAGCAGACCCGAAGAAGAGAUAGCACCUUCCGAUCAGGUUUACGACUACAUUAUUUUCCGUGGCAGCGAUGUCAAGGACUUGAGGAUCGAGGAUCACCCGGGCAUCAAGGAGAACAAGCCUCCCGCGAUGCCCGAGGACCCGGCCAUCGUUAACGCUCGCCCUCGUCCUGGUCAGGGACCCAGUAAUCAGCCACCCCCGGCACCUGGCUUCGGACAGCCUCCAUUCCAGAACAAUUUCUAUCCUCCACCAGGUCCAUGGGGCCCUGCUCCUGGGCGUGGCGGCCCUGGCGGCCCCGGUGCAGGAAUGGGCGGCAUGCCGUACCCUCCCCCUCCUGGAUGGUUCCCUCCCGGCCCUCCUGGCCAAGGCUUCCCUCCUGGUCCUGAUCAGUGGAACAAUUACAACUACCCUCCCGGGCCUGGUGGACCCCCCGGGCCUCUCGGCCCUGGUGGCGUACCUGGCCAGGUCCCUGAGAACCGCGGCACUCCCGGUCCUCACGAUGCAAAGUCUGCGCCGACUGGCGCUGCUGGUGACAGGCAGAAGCCCGCCACACCGGCUACUCAGGGUGCUCCCAGCGACUCUAAGCCAGCUCCCCCCCCUGGUUUCCAGCAGGCGGCCGCACCGACACCUCCCGUCGAGUCGAAGCCUUCUGCGGCAGAAGUGAAGGCCACCGCCGCAUCCUUGAAUACGACCGGCUCCUCGAAGCCGGUCGAGCUUCCCGUGCCCACAGGACCAAGGAACGUCGCUCGUGUCCAACCAGCUGUCCCUCUAGCUGGAUCUAUGCCCAAGGCAUUCCCCGUUCCUGUCAACGACAGCAACGCCGGUCAGGCCGCCCCUAAGCCUGCUGCCGCCCCCACUGCCGCCAGUGUGCGGGAUGCUACUGAGGCCGCGAAGGCAGCUGUCGCUUUGGCCAUGGCUAAUAUGAAUGCCGGCAACGUUGCCGUUCCCACCGCACCCCAGGGUAACGGCAAUGCGAUGGACAACUUGACGAAGAAGGUCAACGAGAUGAGGGUCAACGCAGCCCGAACCACCCAGUCUGGCGGUGGUCGUGGCCGAGGUCGUGGUGGAAGACAAGGCCAGGCCAAGGUCGAGGUGCCUGAUGCGGACUUUGACUUUGCCCAGGCCAAUGCCAAGUUUAACAAGGACGACUUGGUCAAGGAAGCCAUCGCAGGUUCGCCUCUGGGCGAGGCUCCUAACAACGGAACCGCAACUGAAGCUCCUGCUGCCGAGGUUCCUGGCACUAACCCGCCUGUUGCUUACAAUAAGACACGGUCAUUCUUCGACAACAUUUCAAGCGAGGCCAAGGACCGAGCAGACAACAACGGCCAAAAGCCUGGCGGUCGUGAAUGGCGCGGCGAAGAGCAGCGUAAGAACAUGGAAACCUUUGGUCAAGGCAGUGUUGAUGGCGGCUACCGAGGCUUCCGAGGCAGAGGUCGCGGCCGUGGCCGAGGAGGCUAUGGUGGUCGUGGUGGCGGCGGACGUGGCGGUUUCCGUGGCCGUGGUGGCCAGGGUAGUCAAGGGAGCUCUGUUGGUAGACGUGAAGUGGAACUCUUCUGUUCUGCAAACCAACUGCUCUGCAAAAAUCUUACCUCCAAUCUCCAGCUCUACCAAUUAUCAUUGUUUCCAAAACCAAUUGAACUGGGUAUCAUCACCAUGUCGAGUCGUCAGCUUCGCAAGCUGCAGAAGCAGAGGGAGCUUGAGCAGCUGCAAGAGGCCAAACCUGCCACCGAGGAAUCCAGCGAUGACGAGCCUGAAACUGCAACCAUCAAGCCUCGGCAGAGCUUGUUCGCAGCUCUAGGCGGCGGAGAAGACGAAGACGACGAUGAUGAUGACGAGGAGAAGCACGGCAAUGAGCAGGAGGAAGCUCAGCCGGAAUCCGAGCCAGAGGCAGUGUCUCAGCCUGCCAAAAAGAAGAACAAGAAAAAGAAGAAGAAGGCGAAGAAGGCUUCGACGCAAGACCAAACCGCAAAGGUUCCGGAAGAUAAGGAAGACGAAAUCGACCGGGCGCUCAAAGAGCUUAGCAUCGCGCGUAAUGCAGGCUCAGCCGCCUCCGAUAACCUUGCGCAACGAAGUCGCGACGUCGACGAACUCCUGCAAAUCAACACCCAGUAUCUCAGGGCCAUCAACGAGAUGCGCGCCCUAUUUGGAAAGGAGGCAAUCCAGGCCGCACAGGAAGAAGAACGGGCCGAGCAGGAGGCUGCGCGCCGAGCACAAAGAGGUCCCAACCAGCAGGUUGACCUGGAGACGGCACUUCGAGGGGAUCCACGCAAGAAGCUUCCAGAGGUAUCUCUACGGAGAAACGUCUUCAUCCAAGGCAAGGACACUUGGCCACGCGCCACUGCGGCAGGUUUGAUUAUGAAGGAAGUCAGGAAAGGCUCGGACGGUCUCGUCGAGUUCGCUUUUGUGCACGAGCAGGCAUACGAUAACGUUCAGAUCAUGUUCUUCAGCAGCGUCCAGCUCGGCGACCCCAUGCAGAUGGUCCAGCUUCUGAUGCAGUUCCCGUACCACGUCUCGACCUUGCUUCAGGUCAGCAAGGUUGCCAUCCAGGACCAAAACCAGGCGCUGGCGGCAGACCUUUGCGAGCGGGCAUUGUUCACAUUUGGCCGGGCUACGACAUCUGCUUUCAGGCAAAAACUAGAGCAGGGCAAGGCCCGGCUAGACUUCCGCCGCCCAGAAAAUCGCGAGCUUUGGCUCGCCGGAUACACUUACCUCAAGAGCCUGAUUCGCAAGGGAACCUACCGGACAGGAUUGGAGUGGGCGAAGCUGCUGUUUAGUCUCAACCCGAAUGACCCUUACGGAAUGAAGUACUUCAUCCACACACUGGCGAUUCGGGCACGCCAAGCGCAAUGGCUCAUCGAUUUCAUGAACACACACGAGUUCGUGGCGGACGAGACGGACGAUACGUACCUGAAGCAAACGCUGGUUCUCGCGAAGCUUCAGGUAGGCGACACCGAUGGAGCAAAGAUAGCGGCAGUGGCCGGCAUGGAGCGUCUGCCGUGGCUCUACUGUGCCCUCUUCCAGGCGUUGAACUUAGAAGCGCCGCCUCCCUUGUGGGGUGUACGACCCGACACCAACGAGCGUGAGUUCUGGACGAACCUCUACAUUCACCAAGCCAAAGAUAUCUGGAACAACUCGCAAGCCAUCGACCUGCUCAAGGACGCUGUCAAGGUGGCGCAGAAGCCCACCCGAACUCUCCCGGAAGAUAUGCCGGCAGACAAUCGCACAGCCAGAUGGGCGUGGUUGGAGGACACCCCGAGUUUGCUGAGUGGCAUUCCAAGGGCGAUGCUUGCGCGGGAACCCAACUACGCCUUUGACCCGCUCCCGCCGCCAAAAGAGGAAAAUAUAUUUACGAGCCAGGGUGUCCAGAUGCCCUGGCGGCAAGGCGGCGAGAAUGGGGAACGGGAAAUGCUUGCACAGGAGCGAGCACUCAUCAAUAUGAUCCGGAGACAACAGCUAAGAGCCGGGGCGCGAAGAGGAGCUGCUGAGCCGGGUGUCGGUGCAGCGGAAGCCAUGAUGGGUGCGUUCCCAGGGGAUGAUGACGAUGAAGAGGGUGGGGAGUUCGGUGAUGCUUGGGAAGGCGCCUUCAGUGACGGAGAUGAUACCGAGUUUGAGGGCGAUGGGCACCAACCUGCUUCCGCCGGUGUAGUCCAGCGACUUGCCGACAUGCUAGCGUCUAUGAUACCCGGCGGAUGGCCGGCCGAGCCGGCUGAUGGGGACGAUGAACAUUCAGACCCGGAAGACGACGAGCUGCCUCCUUUGAUCGAUGGUGACGAGGAUAUUGACGAUGGCCGGCAGCAGCAUAGCGGAAACCAGCCAUAG